UCAAGGUUGUAGUGGAUAGAAUGGAAAUCAGUUCAACGAAUCCAAGUAUUGAUUCAACGGACCCAAAUUGGAAUCUUUUCUUGCACCAACUGCAAGCUGAAAAUCAGAGGCAGAAAUUUACAGAGCAGGUGCAAACGUUGACUGGUCGUUGUUGGGAUGUAUGCUUCUCGGAUUAUCGACCACCUAGUAAAUUGGACGGGAAAACACAAAACUGUAUCAACAACUGCGUGAAUAGGAUGAUUGAUGCCAGUAAUUUUAUGGUGGAACAUCUACAGAAAAUGAGUGCUACUGAAAUGAGCUGAAAUGGCCGAAUUUUAAUUAUUAUUGCCUGUGGACCAUGAAUUUUCAAAAUAUGCUAAAAAUACUCGCUUAUGUUUUUUUAUUGCUGUUUCUCUUGAUGUUACAGGUUCUGAAUAUCUGUAAAUCCAGCCCUUAGGUUCUAAACUCAGCCAUGAUGCUAAGUAUGCUUGUCUUUUAUUUAUCCAGUUAUAUCUGCUUUCAUCGUAAUUUUCAUUCACGAUUGUGACAUGCCGUGAUUUGUUGAUUUGUUUCGAAAAUCUUAAUAAAGU